UUAAUGAAUAGACCAAGGAGUCAAUCAAAGGACUGUUGGAGAGGCACAUCCUGGCACCAAAGAGUGUGGCACCAGUUGGCACUCCAGACAAACGUCACCUGGCUGGUAUAGAGUUACUGACUUUUUGAGUCACUUGGAGAGAGAGAAGUGUUGCAUUUGCCUGCUAUUUGGAGAAUUUUCAGUUGGAGAAGAAGGAACUCUGUGUACACCAUAGGAGCAAGUCCUGGGAUAGUCUCUUUUGAGGAUCCAGUAAGCCAUGGCACCAGUCUUUCUGCCCACCAACCAGCUGAGGACUGAUCUGAGCGAUGGAGCAUUAUCUCUGUCCAGCUAACAUUGGGGUCAGAAUACUUCUGGCGUCAAAUCCCCGAACUAAAAUCCAGGUUGUACCGAAGGACCUUCAUGUGUCAGAGGGCGUGAUUGACAACGCAGUGGAUAUGGACAGUCUGAACAGGAACCUGCCUGAUUGCGGACGGCAGACCCAUCAGGUGUUACAGAGCACUCCACUGGAUCUGUUUGAGAGCGGCAAGGCGCUGAAGGUCCAGGCAGAGCGCCCCCAUCUGGUCAGUCUGGGCAGUGGCCGUCUCAGUACGGCCAUCACACUGCUGCCCCUUUCCGAAGGCAGGACCACGUUGGGCCAUGGGGCGAUGGACAUCAGCAUCCAGGGCCCAGGAGUUGCCGCCCAGCACUGCUACAUAGAGAACAGGGCAGGGAUCAUCACUCUCCACCCCUGUGGGAACCAGUGUGCCAUAGACGGGCUUCCUGUCACCAAACCGGUCCGCCUGUCACAAGGCUGUAUGCUGUGUUUUGGCCAGUCUGCCUUUUUCCGCUUCAACCACCCAGAGGAGGCGUACAGGAUGAAGAGCAUGAUGCCAGAGGGACGCAAGGGCUCCGGUGGGAACUACAGAAUCCACUCAGACUCAGAGAGCCUUGUCAAUGGGAACCAUCAGUCCCAGUCGCGCCAUCCAGCCCCCGGUGAGAGAGACCCCCGCUCCGAGCAUAGUGCCAUCGUCAGCUCCAUCGAAAAGGACCUCCAGGACAUCAUGGACUCCCUAGUCAUGGAUGAUCCCCAGCCUUCCUCUUCAGACUCAAAAAAGCCAGACCACCCCAUCCCCCACUCCCCGCUGUCCCCCAUGGUCAACGGAGGAGGCCGAUACCUCCUCUCCCCUCCCACCAGCCCGGGAGCCAUGUCGGUGGGCUCCAGCUAUGAGAACACAUCCCCACCCUUCUCCCCCCUGUCCUCUCCCUCGGCAGCCAGCAGCGCAGGCAGCUACACCAGCCCCUCUCCCAGCGGCUGCCUGGACCCCCAGGACCCAUCUCUGCCCCCCGUGCCGGUCCGCUCAUCCAGCUACAACUACACAACUACACCACCCAUCCCCCAGCCAAGGACCAUACUGACCAACUACAGCCCGGCCGGCGUGGUGCAGAGGGUUCCUGAGAGCCCCAGGCUCCAGAGGAAAGGUCUCCUCGAGGCCCCCCAGAGCCCCAAGCCGGCCCGCAGAGGCCAGAGCCUGGAUAGCCCAGGGGGGAUGGGUUCAGAGAGCCCCAGACUGACCCACCUAUCUGUUGCCUCAGCCGAUGCCGGGUACAUGGGCAUGGGCAGGAGCGCAGUGCCAAGUAGCCCCAGACUCACUGCCAAGUUCCCCUACGCCUCCACGUCCUCCUCCCCAUCCAGCCCCAGGACGAAAGCGGGCACCAUCCUCCAGGAGCGCCCGGCCAGCCUCUUCAGAGAGCAGGUGGACCACUCCCUCACCUCCAGCCCUUCCAGACAGCUGCUAUCCCACACCAGCAGGGCCUUCCAGCCUCCCCUGGACCCCAUCGUCCACAUCAUCCAUGGGGGCUCUCCACUCCAGCAGCACCACCCCUUCCCCCACCCCCGCACGCUGCAGCCCCCAGAGAGCCCUCGACUGACCCGCAGGAACCUCGAGCUCAGCAGCGGUGUUGGGGGCAGCAGCAUGAAGGAGCUCCCCCCUCUCAGCCCCUCCAUGGCUCGCAGAGGGGUGCCUGUUCACCCGGGGGCUCUCCCUGGAAGUAUCCCCACGUUGAGAACGCCCGAGAGCCCAUCAUCAUCAUUGGGGAAGCUGGGAGUCCCGGAGAGCCCCAGGCUCCUACGCAAGGCUUGCUCCCCCCCAGAGGACCAGUUUGGCGGCAGUGUGGUCCGAGCCCGCAGCCCCUCCCCCACCUCAGGGCUGAUGAUGAUGGAGAGCGGGGGAGGGGGGAGGAAGGCCAGCUUUGGGAACGCCCUCUCCCCUGCUUACAGCCUGGGCUCCCUACCUGGCUCCUCGCCUCUCGCCAGCCCCAGGGGCCAUAGGAAGAUGUCCGGGGGCCCCCGGGAACAGAGGGGCCCCCACCCAGGCAUGCGGGAGCGCAAAAACAGCAUCUCUGAGAUCAGCGACAACGAGGACGAGCUGUUGGAGUACCACCGGCGCCAGAGAGAGGAGAGGCUCAGGGAGCAGGAGAUGGAGAGACUGGAGAGGCAGAGGUUGGAGACCAUCCUGAACCUGUGCGCCGAAUACAACAAGGGCGACGGGCCCUUGGGGGGCGAGGCGGAGGGGAGGAUGGGCUUCCCUGGGGGCCUGGGACCGGUGGAGGGGGCAGCCAGUAGACCCUGUAUGGACAGCUCGGUGCAUCGUAGCAUGGCCCAGAGACAACAGAGGGAGAGCGACGAGGAGAACCUCAAGGAGGAGUGCAGCAGUACGGAGAGCACCCAUCAGGAGGUGAGGACGCCACUUCCUCCACAGGCCCUCCACAAUGGAGACAGAUACCAGCAUGAAGAGCAGUCUGUUUCGUGCGGUGUGGGGCGGGCAGAGCUGGGUUACCUGGAGGACGAGAGGGUCAGAGUGCUGUCCCGAGUCGACGAGCUCAAAUCACGAAUCACAGAGCUGGAGCAACAGCUACAGGAGUCCAAGCAGGAGGCGGAGAUGGAAAGGGCGCUGCUGCAGGGGGAGAGGCAGGCGGAACUGGACCAGAUAGAGGCGGAGACGGAGAUCAUUGGACAGCUGCAACACAAGCUGAACGAGCUGGAGAACGCCAUCCAGAGGGAUAAAGACAAGGCAUUGCCAAAUCCUGGAUGGCUUCCCAAGACCGUAUCUAGUUGGUUUUGCCAUCCCAAGGAGAGGGCAAAUGUUGACGCAGAGCGCCGAGCCCUGGAGAGCCUCCAGGAGGGCUACAGUGAGCUGAAGAACCAGCUUCAUAACUGCCCAGAGUCACUGAGGGAGCAUUUACACGAACAGCUCAAAAGGGAGGGCGAGACCCUGGAGUCAGAGACAAAGCAGUUUGAGGACCUGGAGUUCCAGCAGCUGGAGAGGGAGAGCAGCCUGGAGGAGGAGAGGGAGACCAUCAGCCAGCAGCUGCUGCAGGAGAGGGCCGAGUACCACACCAGCGUGGCCAAGAGGAAGGACAAGGUGGCAGCUCUAGAAGGCCAGGCCAGUCAGCUGGGACAGCAGGUGUCUCAGGAGUGUGACAGGCUGGCUAAGGACAUGAACCUUACCCUGCAGAUGCUCCAUAAGGAGAAAGAGAGACUAUCGGCCUUAGAGAAGAGGUACCUCAGCCUUACUGGAGGAAGACGUUUCCCUAAGAGUUCCAGCACCAUGAAAGAGGAAGUGCUCCAUAUCAGCGAGAUUGACCUGUUAGAGGACUCCCACUCCCAGCAUCCUCUCUGCCGACCCGCUGCUUCCUAUUUAAGCCCCUCCUCUCAGUUAUUCCCAGGGGGCAUCCCGACAGAGGAGUACAUGAAGCUCUCGGAUGUCUAUAAGAUGUAUGGGAGUGAUUGCCAUGACACCCAACUCACCACCUCUGCUCAGCACAGCCUCUCGCUCACCCUAGACACAGCUGUCCCCUGCGAGGAGUACGUGACAGUGGGCCAGUUAACUCAGAUCUUUGGAAUGCCGAAGGUCGAGUCCUCCCCUACCUCUCCUCUCCGGCCCCUCCAAUCAGGAGCGGGAGAUCCCGCCUUCUCCUGCCUCUCCGCUCCUCACAGCUCCUCCCUCUCUCUCUCUGUUGAGUACCAGCCUGAGUGCAGUAGGCCUCAAAACCCCACUCUCGAUUUAGAGCAGUGGUACCAGGAGGUGAUGGCUGCUGGGGAGAGCAGCCAGCUCUGCCCCCCUCUCCCAGCUAAAGUUCUCUCCGCUCGCAGGCCUAUGCAGGUGUUCUGCUCCAAGCUGGACAGUGAUGCUGGACAGACGGUACAUCAACCCAAAGCAGGCUCCGGAUCCCAUCUGCAGUGCGGAGCUGCCACACUGGGACGCAACACAACCUCAAAGAGCCCACUGAUGGUUCCCAACAGUACAGGCAGUUUGCCACGGAACUUGGCUGCCACCAUGCAGGACAUAGAGACCAAGAGAGCGCUAGCCUUACAGCAGAAAGGCCACCAGGUGAUCGAGGAGCAGCGGCGGCGUUUGGCUGAGCUGAAGCAGCGGGCUGCAGUGGAAGCCCAGUGCCAGUGGGAUGCGAUCCACAGCUCACAGACCCACCUCAACACCCAGUAUACCCCUUCCCACGCCCACGGCCCUCCAAUGGUGCACCACUCCAUCCUGCACCACCAGCCGCCGUCGGCGGGCGAGCAGCCGUACGACACACUAAGCCUGGAGAGCUCUGACAGCAUGGACACCAGCGUCUCCACCGGCAACAACUCGGCCUGCUCCCCCGACAACAUGUCCAGUGCCAGUGGGAUGGACGCGCUGAAGAUCGAAGAGAUGGAGAAGAUGCUGAAAGAAGCCCACCUAGAGAAGGCCAGGCUCAUAGAAUCCAAAGAGCGAGAGAGCCAUGCCCGUAGGCAGAUGCUGGAGGAGGAGAGGAGGAGGCGCGAGGAGGCUGAGAAGAGGCUGCAGGACGAGACGGUGCACAGGCAGCAGCUGGUGGACAAGGAGGUGAAGAUGAGGAGCAAGAACUUCUCCCAGGCUCGUCCUAUGACUCGUUACCUGCCCAUCCGCAAGGAGGAGUUUGACUUGCGCUCCCACAUCGAGUCAUCCGGCCACAACGUGGAGACCUCUUACCACGUGAUCCUCACAGAGAAGAUGUGCAAGGGUUACCUGGUCAAGAUGGGCGGCAAAAUCAAGUCGUGGAAGAAACGCUGGUUUGUCUUCGACCGCCUCAAAAGGACCUUCUCCUAUUACAUUGACAAGCACGAGACCAAACUGAAAGGAGUCAUCUACUUCCAGGCCAUUGAAGAGGUCUACUAUGAUCACUUGCGUAGCGCCACGAAGAGCCCCAAUCCCUCGUUGACCUUCUGUGUGAAGACUCACGACAGACUCUACUACAUGGUGGCCCCUGCCCCGGAGGCCAUGAGGAUAUGGAUGGACGUUAUAGUAACCGGAGCCGAGGGCUAUACGCAGUUCCUGAACUAAUAGGGGAGAGUUGCAUACGGUGGCCUAGCGGUGACAUAAGGUCAUACAUUGCUUACGGUGGCCUAGCGGUGACAUAAGGUCAUAAGGAGACUGUUUCGGCAAGAAAACACUUCAAUAGAUUCAGGCCUUUCCUUCUAGGGCCUUAUCCUCUCCCAGUUUUGGGAAAUUGCCUUUUUAUUUUGUUACGUUCAUUAUAUCUAUUUUUAAAUCUCACAUCUCUCACUUUACAAUAUACAUUUUUCUCCACUGGUUUUUCUACUUGCUUCUGCCCUCGGAUUAAAAAAGGGAGCCCUGGAAGAGACACACACACACACACUGUAUAUAACCAAAACGACAUAACUGUCAGACUUUCUGCUCAAAAGCCUUUCUAUAUUGCCAAAUGGAGAUCUUGAUUUAGUUACAGGCUCUUGCUUGUGAGACCUAUUUUGUGUAUCAGUAAAUGUCUUUGAUAGUUGUACUUUUUUUUUUUUACACUAUAUGGAAUAUUGCCAAAUGACAUAACAAUGGUUUCAGACAAAUGGUCGUUUUUAUGGAGUGUUUCAAAUAGAACAUGAAGGCAUUUGCCUGAAUCUACUUAAGUUUAUCAGUGAGCGAAAGAUGUAAUAAUGUAAGAAAGGUUUAAAAGAAAUUCUAUUGAAAAUGUUGGCGAAUAAACCUAAUUGAAAUCAGUGAGACCAUGACACAAUCUACCAAUGUCAAGAAACACACCAACUCAGGAGUCCAUACUCAAUUUUAGUUCCCGUCAGAGAUAGAGAUGGAUCAAGAUCUAGUUUUAUGACCUUAGUCUACUGCUGAACUAGAUUCAAUUGUGUCUGUCUUCUACUGUAAUGUUGCCAACUCCUAAAGGUACACACAGAGUCUGUUUGCCAAGUCCUGAUAACUUGAUCUUAUGAUGACUUGACCCUUUGCGUAAACAGCCAUUCCAUCACUGCCAGCCUACAACACCAGUAGCUCUAGGGACUACAUAAUGAGACAACGGUACAUGUCAUUAUAAUAAUGCUAAUCAUUCUGUGCCUUGAGAUGUGUCAUAAUACUCCUAGUCUGUAACUGUUAAUCGUGCUGGUCUACAAUCUUUUGUUAACGGUAUCAGAAUUCAACAGACUUGCAUGGGGAAGGGAGAGGGGAAGUCUGACUGCUGUUUGGAUGCAGCAAUACACAAGUGCAUGUGAACAGUAACCUCCCCUGAAUUCCAAAUCAAGCUCCAGACCCCACUACUUCUUAUGCACUUGUGUAGAUCUGAGAGGAUUGGAUAGGUAAACAGGUGGUAGCUCCAUAUGGCUCUCUGAUACUCCAGGUGGAAUUGUCGCAAUAUAAUAUUGCUUACACUUAUCCAACUCUUUCAGAUCUACACAAAUGCACAGGGAUUUCGGAUUCAGGGUGCAUUUCAGCUUUAAUAGAACGUCAAAUUAUCUGGUAGCUUGACAUAAUCAUUGUAAAGGAUUCAGACAGGCUACACGAUCACAACAUUUAUAAAUCACCAUCUGAAUAUCUUUUUAGAGAAGACUAUGCUGUGAUUUUGAACAUGUAAAUCUGAGUGUUUAGGUUUGUUGUGAAGCCUUGUGAAAUGUAAUUAUCUUUCUUAUGGUUAACCUGCCUGAGAUACAGUAGUACUGUAAUCCAUGUCACUGUCAAGUAUAAGAAAAGAGACUAGUGCGAAAAACCUUAAUAUAUUUUCCCGUUUUUUUCCCCCCGCACCGAAAUGGAUGCAACCAAAUAUUCAGCAUUGGCCAGAGGUAUAUCAUAGUGUUAGAAAAAAACGGUUUUAUACUGUAAAAGAUGCCUGU